CUUCACUUUCUCUCUCUCUAACAUACAAACACAGACCAUUUCUCAUUUUCAUCUUUUCUCUCUCUCUCUCUAGCUUUUAAUCUCUCCAGAUGCCCAAAUCCUUUACACUCCGUCGCCACCAUCAUCAUCUUCUCCGCCGUAUUAGAUUCCAUUUGCCCUCUUACUCCCACCAUCACCGUCGACGUCUACACCCUCCUCCUCUGCCUCAUUUAUCAACAUCUCUUUGCACGCAAUGCUGAUCACCCUCUUAGGGCUUCUCUCUCUCUCAGAUUGAUUCUUACCUUUGUCUCUCUCUCUCGAAAGAAGGAAAGAUGUCUCCUUUUCUCUUAAUUGGAUGUCUGAUGCUGGCUUUCCUCCUAAUCCGGCGCCAAUGGAGAUCCGCCGCCGUGAAACGGGAGGAGGUUCUUCGGCUUAUCUCUUUAGCCACGGAGGAAUCUUAUCUGGCAGCGCAGCAAAAGGAUGAGGAGGAGGAGCAGGAGGCCGCCACGGUAGAUUACUACUACGGUUCCUCUUCUUCUUCUUCUGUUCCUCCUCCUGAUGAUGAUGAUGUUUAUCGUUGUGCGGUUUGUCACAGCCCCACCACUACUCGCUGCUCUCAAUGCAAAUCCGUCCGUUACUGUUCUAGCAAGUGCCAGAUUCUUCAUUGGCGACGAGGUCACAAGGAACAGUGUCGUUCGCCUUCUCUUCCUCAUGAUGAGACUGAACUACCAUCAGCAGAUGGGUUACAUGGUCCAGAGACAAACGACAGGGUGGUGAAUAAUGAUGACGGCGUGUCUGUUGAUCACAUCUCUACGAGUAGGCCUAGUGUUCAAAAGGUACAACAAGCCAACUCUGAAGCUGUGGACUUCACUACUUCUCUAAACAAAACAGAUAAUUUCUAUGAGACGAAGCCAUUGAGUAGAAAGAAGUCUCAUCAUCGCACAGAGAAAGUUGAAUCGUCUAGAAAGCAUUCUAAAGGCAAGGCUACUACUCUACUUACUCCUGAUGCAAAGCCGCAAAAUUCACGUACGUCAGUGGAACAUCAAGGAGAAAAGAAUGCACUUGGACAUGAGAAAACGACGUCUGAACCAUCUACUAGUGCUCCUUCUGCUACACUGUCGUCUUCAGCUAUUCCUUUACCUUCAAAAGCUAAAGUAUCACAAGCUUCUUCAACUAGUAGUGGGCUGAAAACAUCGAUGCAAAGAGUUGUCCAGCAUUUUAGACCCCCUAAAUCGUCAAAACUAACUCAACCUUCCAGCUCUAUCAAUGAGAUGAGCUUUUCUUAUGAGAUGUUUGUCAAACUUUACAGUGAUAGAAUAGAAUUACAGCCAUUUGGCCUUGUCAACUUGGGGAACAGUUGUUAUGCAAAUGUUGUUCUCCAGUGCUUGGCCUUCACUCGGCCACUUAUUUCUUACCUAAUUAGGGGAUUACAUUCUAAAGCAUGUCGAAAGAAGAGUUGGUGUUUUGUUUGUGAGUUUGAAUUCUUAAUUUUAAAGUCAAGGGGAGGAGAAUCUCCUCUCUCACCUAUCAAAAUCUUAUCAAGAUUACAAAAGAUUGGGAAGCAUCUUGGCCCUGGAAAGCAAGAAGACGCUCACGAAUUUUUAAGGUGUGCUGUUGAUACAAUGCAAUCAGUUUUUCUCAAAGAAGCUGAUGCAGCUGGUUCCUUUGCAGAAGAAACUACUUUAAUAGGCCUUACCUUUGGUGGUUAUCUUCACUCCAAGAUUAAAUGCAUGAAAUGCCUGCACAAGUCUGAGAGAACGGAGCUGAUGAUGGAUCUAACUGUUGAGAUUGGUGGAGAUAUAGGAAGCCUUGAAGAAGCACUUGCUCAGUUUACAGCCUAUGAAGUCCUAGAUGGAGACAACCGGUACUUGUGUGACAGAUGUAAAUCUUACCAGAAAGCCAAAAAGAAACUGAUGAUACUGGAAGGUCCCAAUAUUCUUACUGUGGUAUUGAAACGUUUCCAGUCUGAUAACUUUGGGAAGCUGAGUAAACCCAUUCACUUUCCUGAGCUUCUCGAUAUUGGCCCAUAUAUGAGUAACCCAAAUCAAGGGGAUCAUCAUCAAGUGUAUAGUCUUUACGCAGUGGUGGUCCAUUUAGAUGCCACUUCAUAUUCAGGUCAUUAUGUUUGCUACAUCAAAAACCUUCAUGGAGAUUGGUUCAAGAUUGAUGACAGCAAUGUUUUCCCGGUUCCAUUAGAGACUGUGUUACUAGAGGGAGCAUACAUGCUUCUCUAUGCAAGAGAUUCUCCCAGACCGGUGAGCAAGAACGGUGGUCGGAAAUCAAAGGAAAGAAGAAACUUAUCUGCAAUCCCGUCGAGACACGACAACAACAACAGCAAGAAGAAGAAGCAGGAGAAAGACAGUAGUAGUAGCAGUUUGUUGCCACGAGUAAAUUUGUCCAGUGGAAGUUUAUCAUCACUGUUUAGCUCAUCAGAGACGACAAGCUCAUGCAGCACAAAAGACUCGUCAGGUUUUGAGAAUUUAUCAGAUUACUUGUUUGGUGGAGUUGAACCGGUUUGGAAUCAGGAUCAUCAUGUUUCAUCUACUCAAACGUUUUAUUGAGUUUGAUGUCCCAUUUUUUUCACUUGAAACAAUAACAAAAAAAUAGAAAAAUGUAUUUCUUCAUCUUUUUAGCCAGUCAAAUUGUGAUAUAAUUUAUUAAUAAACCGACACUAUCUUACUUGGAAUAAAUAAAUUUUUGGUCAA